CGAGAAGGUCACGAGAGUUGCGAGUGGGUUGAGUCAACAAGCGCAGGAGUAACGUUAGAGGCACCGACUCACUAGUGCAGUUUUGUUUGUCGCGAUGAGAGGAUGUAGCGGCCGGAUACGCGUCUCUGUGGUCCCGAACUAUGGUUAGCCCUUCUUCUCCUGGCUGUGUGCUGCUGGUGGUGCUGCUGCUGUGGGUGAGCGCAGGAGGAGGGACCGCCCAGCUGGUGGUCAACGUACGGAACCGUGGCGGGGAUGUGACCCAGGAGAGUAUCAUGGCUGAUACGGACCAGGAUAUCAUCACACUGGAGUUUCAGAAGUCCGAUGGCACGCUGGUCACUAUGGUCAUCGACUUUAAAUCGGAAGUGCAGAUCUUCAAGGCACUGAUUCUGGGAGAGAUGGAGAGGGGACAGAGCCAGUACCAAGUCAUCUGCCAAGUCACAAAGUUCAGCAAGAACGAGUUCAUCUCCUCAGAUGCCAUGUCAAAACUCAGACAGAAAAAUCCAGGGACAAUCAGAAAUGCAGAAGAUGACAAGGGUCAGGAGCACCUAGUGAUGGACAUGGGUGUGGACCUGGAGAAGUCUGCUGUCAUCAGCAGGCACAUCUACAACAUCUGCGCAGAGGCUGGGGCAGCAACUUACACCCGCGAAACGGACCUCAAGUACUUAGCCAAAGGAGACAAUAAAACCCUGACCACGCUGCUGCAGGCGACCAGGAGACUGACCCCCAGCAGAGCAGUCAGGUGUAUGGACAGUUCCGAUUGGUUAAAGCCGUGCACGUGCCAGCUGGAAAUCUGCAUCGGCUGGUACCCCUGCGGCCUCAAGUACUGCCGCGGGAAGGACGGGAACGGGAAAGUAAUCAACUAUCGCUGCGGGAUCAAAACGUGCCGCAAGUGUCGCCAGUUUGACUACCACGUGAAGCAGAAACAGCUGUGUGUUUGGGAUGAGAUGUGGCAGUGACAGUCGAUCUUCCCCCUCCAAAGCUGUAACUUGGACAAAGCCAGCAAUAUGCAGCUUCUGUGGGCACUAGUUUGUCCUCAGAGCUCUGCACGCAGGGUGCACUCCAUACUCUAAUCAGGUCCAGAAAGCCUGCCCGCACAGACGGCAGUCUUUCACUCUCUCUCUCUCCUCCCUUCUAUGAAGGGUUGGUUUUUAUCUCUUUGGAAACCUUUCGUUGUUUUUCUUUUUCUUCCACGAAGGGUUGAUUUUAUCCAUUUUUUUUUUUUUUUAAAUCUUCAAGAGAAUUUGAUCUCGAUUUUAGGUCAGGCUCGUUUUUAAAUUAAUGUCAUGUGACCCUGAAGGUCAAACCAUGGCAUUCCCACAGCAUGCACCUGGCUAUUAGGUCGCUCCAAGCUGAGGGUUCCGUCCCUGGGUGGAGUUAGAUCUUCUGUAGCUUUACACAAACCAGAUGGGAGUCCUCUGUUCAUUUUGUUUCUCACCCACCAGUUUCUGUCCUUUUGGGAGCUAGCCAAAAGCAGUCAAAAUUGGAUUUCUGUUUGGCCGUGCCAAGACUCUAUACGCACUGAUGUCACUAGAGAAAAACAAAACAUAUGAGUGUGGUAUCCAACACGACAGUAAACAAAGGGAAGACUUUCUCCUAUAGACAAUCGUACGUUCUUCCAGAAAUUGUACCCGGCAGUGAAAGAGGGCACCCUUCCAGUGCUAUUGGGGGUGAAUUAUGCAGGUGAUUUUUCACUGUAAUGACUUUAAGGGAUGCUAACUGUGG